AAAUUACCGAAGCCCCUCUCCUUCCUCAGCUGCCUGCGUCGGUUGAACUAGUGGUCUGUGAGUGAGAAUAAGGAACAAAUCAGAAGUGUGUUCAAUUUCAACGGUGGCAAACAUGAAAUGUCUGGGAAUACUUUGUGUCACCGCGGCGCUGUUGGUGGCACAAACCGCCGCCAUUAUCAGAGUCCCCCUACACAAAACCAGAAGCCUACGUCGCCUGAUGAGUGACAGUGGGAAGUCUCUGGAGGAGCUUCAGGCUUUGGCGAGGAGCAACGGAGCCCUGGACAGCCUGCCCUCCCCACAAGUGCCUGUAGAGAGGCUGACUAACUUCAUGGAUGCCCAGUACUACGGAGUGAUCAGCAUCGGUACCCCUCCUCAGGACUUCACUGUGCUGUUUGACACCGGCUCCUCCAACCUCUGGGUCCCCUCCAUUCACUGCUCUUUUCUCGACAUAGCUUGCUGGCUCCACCACCGCUACAACUCAAAGAAGUCAAGCACAUACGUUAAAAAUGGCACUCUUUUCUCCAUCCAAUAUGGCAGAGGCAGCUUGUCGGGCUUCAUCAGCGAGGACACCGUCACCGUUGCAGGUCUGCCUAUUCCUAAACAGCAGUUUGGUGAAGCACUAAAGCAGCCUGGCAUCACAUUUGCAGUUGCAAGGUUCGAUGGGGUCUUGGGGAUGGCGUACCCUGCAAUAUCGGAGGCAAAUGUCACCCCGGUGUUUGAUACAGCCAUGGCUGCUAAGCUGCUGCCCCAGAACAUUUUCUCUUUCUACAUAAGCAGAGACCCAUCUGCAGCAGUAGGAGGAGAACUGAUGCUGGGUGGGACAGACCCCCAGUAUUACACCGGCGACCUGCACUAUGUCAAUGUCACACGAAAGGCCUACUGGCAGAUCAAGAUGGACGGAGUGGAAGUUGGCAACCAGCUGACUCUCUGCAAAGCAGGCUGCCAGGCAAUCGUUGACACAGGAACAUCCUUGAUGGUUGGACCUUCAGAGGAAAUCAGAGCACUGCACAAAGCCAUCGGAGCUCUGCCUCUAAUAAUGGGAGAGUACCUCAUCGAAUGUAAGAAGAUCCCGACUCUCCCUGUCAUCUCCUUCAACAUCGGAGGGAAGAUGUUCAACCUGACUGGAGAGGAUUAUGUCAUUAAGGAGUCUCAGAUGGGAAUCUCAAUCUGUCUAUCAGGCUUCAUGGCCAUGGAUAUCCCACCUCCUGCUGGACCCCUGUGGAUUCUGGGAGAUGUAUUCAUCGGGAAGUACUAUACUGUGUUUGACAGGAAUGCUGAUCGUGUGGGGUUUGCUCCUGCCAAGUAGUUUAGUAAACAACUUUUUUUCUAGCAAAUUUUACAUGUCAGUUUCGCUUAUUUGAUUUGCGUCAAUCAAAACAAACUAAUGGUUGUUGCAUAUCACCUCAAUGUUGGGCUUGGCACACAUAUGAAAUGUUCUUGGAGAGGACUGGUUUCUAACAAGCAGGUGUGGAAGCUGAUUACCUGUUUAGAAAGGAGUGGUGCAGUCUUCCGCCGUCAAAGGGACUGAAUCUCUCUGCUUUGACAUCUUCAUCACUGCCACAAUAAAUCAAAGCCUCUUUUUGAUUUGUCUUCCUGCUGUUUGUUCUGUGCAACUUGCAUUCUUUAGGGGAACCAAACUGACUUAAUUUUUGUAUUCAGUACAUUUUGUUUCCUUUGUGAUGCUCCAGUUUCAUUCAGUCUAAUAAAAUGUGUAAUAGUUAAUGGACUUUUGUACACUGAUAAUGUCUCAGGAUGUUUAUUUUAACAAGUCUGUAAAUUUUAAUACCAAAUAAAACCCAAUAAAUAUUUAAA